UGUAACUAGUGACGACCGUCAAGCGGUGACAACGUUCAUCCAUUCCGAAGCUGAUGAGUCUAUUAGCAUAGAUUUUGUUUUACUACGUCUCAGUUCGGUGGUGAUCAGUACUUGACAAUGGCUGGGGAAAUGUCUAUGAUCGGUAAGUAAAAUUUAACCGUAACAUGUGCUUGUUGUUGUGUAGCCAGCUGUUUAGCUAGUUACUAUAGCUAACAAGUGGACUGACACGUUACCAGUAACAGUUAGCUGGCUAGUUGCUACCUAAAUCAUUACUAGUAGUCAGUUAGCUGGAAAGGUAAAUAAAGUGUCAAACUGUCAACGCUGAAUGAAUAUGUAAAUAAGUAGGCUAAAUGCGAGCUAGCUAUGUAGUCAACAUCCAUACCUAAACCCACGUUUUUUUUUUAUAUAUAUAUCUUCCGUGUCGCAGGAUCGGUCAUUCUGGCUCUUUUUCUGGCUGGCUAUCUGGGGCAGCAGUACCUGCCUCCACCGAAACCCAAAGUAAUCGGCCUAGAUCUGGGGACCACUUUCUGCUCCGUGGGAGUAUUCCACCCGGGUACCGGGGAUGUGGAGGUGAUAGGGGAUGAGGAGGGGCGGAAGAGUAUCCCUAGUGCGGUGUCGUUCACCCAUACAGAAGUUCUCGCCGGUCACGAGGGUCAGGAUCUGGCCGACAGCAAUCCUCAAAACACCAUCUAUGAUGCCAAGCGGUUUAUUGGAAAGAUAUUCGAACAAGAGCUCCUUGAGCAGGAAAGUGCUCGCUAUCCAUUCAAGGUACAGUACAUACAUGCGGAGUCACUGACCACCUUCCGGAGACACUUGAAACCCUACCUCUUUAAGGAAUACCUGGGAUAGUAUAAAAGUAAUCCUUCUCCCUACCCCACCCCCACACACACACACACACAUAUAUAUAUAUAUAUAUAUAUAUAUAUAUAUAUAAUAUUUUUUAAACAAAUGAAAAUUCAAAAUAUACUCUAAAAAUUAGAAAAAUUUAACAAAAUAAAUUGUUAAGUGGUUGUCCCACUGGAUAUCAUAAGAUGAAUGCACCAAUUUGUAAGUCGCUCUGGAUAAGAGCGUCUGCUAAAUGAGGUAAAUGUAAUACUCCUGUAGUUACUCUGACAGUCAAUACACCACAGUGAAAAUGAUUGAAUAAAGCAUUAGCAUUUGGCUGCAUAAGCUAUGUGUGAUUGCAGGUGUAUAAAUAUGCUAUAUCAAUGACUGUUGACUUUCAUUUGUAACAACAUACAUUUCUUUCAGGUGAUAAACAACAAUGGCAGUGCAGAGUUCUUGGUCACCACCAACCAGACGUUCACGGUUACUCCUGAGUUCAUUGGUUCUCGGUUGCUGCUGAAGAUGAGGAAGAUGGCGGAGCAUCACCUGGGUGUCCCCAUCCAGAGGGCUGUUAUCUCUGUCCCUGCUGAGUUUGAUGAGAGACAGAGGAACUACACCAUCAGGGCUGCCAACCUGGCCGGUCAGUCUCUUAUCUGGCAAUACUUUAUCAACAGUCAUACAAUAUCUGAUAUGAUGUGUAAACACUGCUACAGGAAUUACUUACACUGUGUAGCUUUUUAUUGUAGUCUCAUUUAGAAACAGUAUAUCAUACAGGGGAUGACAUUAAGGGUUGCCCUAUUGCCUGAGGCAAGUAAACUGAGCAGUCACGCAAGUUGAGCCUGCUCUGAGAUGUUUUUUUGUAGUUUUUUAAGUGAAAACUGCCAAUAAUUCCUAGCUUAAAACUGAUCUUUCUGGUUCAUCCACAUUGUCUAAGUGAGCUGAGCUUGCUCAGAUAUUUUUUUAAAUGAUAACAACCAACAUACAAAUAAUUUGAUUACUGAUCUUUCUGAUUCCUCUCCUAUGUGUAGGUGAAAGGCAGGCAAUAUGGCACUUCUGCGUGUAAAAAGCUAAUAAAAAAUGUCUGAUGGGCAAGUGCCUUACAGACUUUAAUGUCAAUCCCUGAUAUAAUUAGGUGUUUGUUCUAAGCCCAUAACUGUGUUAAUGAUCCUAUACAGACAGAGAAAGACAGUAGAAUAUUGGACACCUAAUCCAAAGAUGUAAAGAUUCCUAAGGGCUUUGACCAAAUCUACACUACCCACUGUAAGAACUGUAACUAACAUCUGAUUGUUCUGUUUACACCACUCAGGACUGGACAUCCUGCGUGUGAUCAACGAGCCCACGGCUGCAGCGAUGGCGUACGGGUUACACAAGGUGGACGUGUUCAACGUGCUGGUGGUAGACCUGGGAGGAGGAACGCUGGACGUCUCUCUGCUCAAUAAACAAGGGGGCAUGUUCCUCACCAGAGCCAUGUCAGGUAGGACGCUAAUCAACUCUCAACUCCUUAUCAUGUUGUAGAUACGCAUGGUUUAGUUGGUGUCACUUUAAUUUCUCUUCUGGCAGGUAGGGUGGCAGGUAGCCAAGCGGUUAAGAGCGAAAGGUCGCUGGUUCAAAUCCCCGAGCUGACUAGAUGAACAAUCUGUUUGUGCCCUUGAGCAAGGCACUUAACCAUAAUUGCUCCUGUAAGUCGCUCUGGAUAAGAGCGUCUGCUAAAUGACUAAAAUGUCUAAAGGUCAAAUGUUCUGGAAUAAAAUUGGUCAUACAGUACAAGUGGAACAUUUGUCAUAUUUUAUACUGAAUAAAAAUAUAAACGCAACAAUUUCAAAGAUUUUACUGAGAUACAGUUCAUAUAAGGAAAUCAGUCAAUUGAAAUAAAUUCUUUAGGCCCUAAUCUAUGGAUUUCACAUGACUGGGCAGGGGCGCAGCCAUGGGUGGGCCUGGGAGGGCAUAACCCCACCCACUUGGGAGCCAGGCCCAGACAAUCAAAAUGAGUUUUUCCCCACAAAAGGGCUUUAUUACAGACAGAAAUACUCCUCAGUUUCAUCAGCUGUCAGGGUGGCUGGUCUCAGAUGAUCCCGCAGGUGAAGAAGCCGAAUGUGGAGGUCCUGGGCUGGCGUGGUUGCACGUGGUCUGCGGUUGUGAGGCCGGUUUGACGUACUGCCAAAUUCUCUUAAGUUGGUAGAGAAAUUAACUUAAAAUUAUUUGACAACAGCUCUGGUGGACAUUCCUGCAGUCGGCAAGCCAAUUGCACGCUCCCUCAAAACUUGAGACAUCUGUGGCAUUGUGUUGUGUGACAAAACUGCACAUUUUAGAGUGGCCUUUUAUCGUCCCCAGCACAAGGUGACCCUAUUUACAUUGACAUUUUAGUCAUUUAGCAGACGCUCUUAUCCAGAGCGAUUUACAGUUAGUGAGUGCAUACAUUUUCAUACCCUAUGUAAUGACCAUGCUGUUUAAUCAGCUUCUUGAUAUGGCACACCUGUCAGGUGGAUGUAAUAUCUUGGCAAAGGAGAAAUGCUCACUAACAGGGAUGUAAACAAAAUUGGAGAGAAAUAAGCUUUUUGUGCGUAUAGAACAUUUCUGGGAUCUUUUAUUUCAGCUCAUGAAACAUGGGACCAACACUUUACAUGUUGCGUUUAUAUUUUUGUUCAGUAUAGUUGGAGGACCAUUUCCAAUUGGCACAACUAAUUCAAACCAUACACGAUAAUGGAUUUAAAUGGAAUUGAUCCCAAUACAACACUAACAGAUAAAUAGUAUACUUGGACUCAGAUAAUGACCCUUGCUGUUGUGUCCUUGUUUCCUAGGUAACAACAAGCUGGGGGGGCAGGACUUCAGCCAGAGGCUGCUCCAGUACACCAUGGAGAGGGUCCGCCAGCAGUACGACGUUCCCCCCACCCUCAAAGAGGACAUCCACCGCCUCCGCCAGGCCGUGGAGGCUGCCAAGCUCAACCUCACCCUGCAGCCCAGUGCCCACCUCAGGGUACCCCUGCACCUGGAGCCCCAUGGGGACCCCAAGGAACCACCACAGGGGCCCGCCAAGGACCCAAUCCCAGUCAUCUUCCAAGCAGUCAUCACCCGCGAGCUGUUUGAAGAGCUGAAUGCCGACCUCUUCCAGAAGAUUCUGGUGCCUGUAGAGACAGUGCUGGCCGAGGGCCACCUGGGGAAGGAGGAGGUGGAUGAGAUAGUUCUGGUGGGAGGCUCCACCCGCAUCCCUAGGAUCAGGAAGCUGAUCAGUGAAUACUUUGGGAAGGAGCCCAACACCUCAGUGGACCCAGACUUGGCAGUGGUGACCGGGGUGGCCAUCCAGGCUGGCAUCAUGGGCGGCUCCUGGCCCCUACAGGUCAGCGCUAUAGAGAUCCCCAACAGACACCUCCGCAAGACCAACUUCAAUUGAUCUAGUCUAGAGAGGUGGCAAGGGGCAUAAGGAUGCCACCAGACAGAGACUUGCCAUAUUAAAGGAUGGUCUGCAUUUUAACUGUUAAUUGUCCUUCUCCAUCUUCACCAGGUGUGCAAUAGUAUUAUGAGGUUAAAAUAUGAUCUUCUUCAGCUGUAAUAAUAGCUACUGGAAUAUAUUUUCACAGAGAAACUCAAAUUACACCAUUACUUGUUUACUGCCGGCCCAAUUUAUUAGACCAACGGUGGUAGAUUGAAAUGGUGUUCAAUUCAGGGAACAACCUUUAUUUCUAGAGAACUGUGACCAGCCAAUACA